CCUGAUUUUUUGAAAUCGGCGUGACUAAUUUAUUUUUUCUCGAAUUUCAUUUUUUAGGGUUGAACGAAACACGAAAAGGCAUUUUCGCAUCCUAACUGAUUUAGCUCUUGCUCCUUGUUUGCAACUACAAGUACUUUGAUUUCCGUCGCUGCCGAUAAGGCCCACCACAGCACUAUAACACAGGAGUUGGUUGAUAACAACGAAACCGAUCGAUUCCGCGACAAUGUCGGAUAACAACAGCCAGAAAGAGGACAAUGCGACCUGGUCCGAUGACGAUGACUUCUUUGCCGACGACGACUUUGCGGUCGAGAGUAAGAUGGACCCGGGCAACGACGACGGGUGGCAAGACAGCUACGAUGCCAACGACGAAGACGACCUGGACGUUUCUCGGAUCGACCAAUACGAACCCGUGGAUGAAUCCAAGGAAGACGAGGACGACGCAAACGAGGACGACAUAGACGAGGACGAGGACACGCCCCGAAGCCCGAUUGCGGAGGGCGGUGGUUCCGAACCCGAACAGCACGCCGAAGAACCCGAGGAUUCCCGCGGCGCCGGGGCGGGGAAGCCCGCGGAAACGGGGCAUGCCACCGGGGAGCAAGGCGAAACCAACGGCGGAGAUGGUUCUGCCCCUGCCGAUGCGGCGCCUCCCGCUCCGCUGCCACCCCGCGGCGCUGGUUCGGGCGACAAGCCGCCGUUGCCGGCGGAGAGAACCGUCCCCGCGACGCCGAAUUUCUUGUCCACGGUGUCCGGUGCCCCGGACGGCGUGGGAUCUACGCCGACCGCGCUCCCCGGGACACCGGUGACGCCGUUCGGAGAACUGACCAACGAGGACGAAAAAUUCGAAGACAUUGUGAGGCAACGGAAUCGGGUAAGUGAUCCUCGCUGUUGCUGUGCUGCCAACAAUACACCUGCGUUUUUUUAAAAAGAUGGGCUAGACUCCGUGAACAUAGACACUAUUUUACCAGAGGAGAUGGGAAGAACUAUCGGAGACUGCUUUUUGUUGCCUGCUAACUCUUGUUCGCUGCCUCUUCUCGGAUAUUGAUGUGCUGGGCAACUUUUGUGUGGUUUUUCUAGAGUCGGAAAGAGAAGGAGGAUUACCACAUCGCGAACAUCAAGGUCCAGAUGGGUCGGUUAGAGGACGCCCUGGCGGCCGAAACCAAACGCCGGGUGGACGCCACCACCGCCCUGGACGAACUGGGCCGGAGCCAGGUCCACAAAAUGGAAGAACGCAUCAAGGCCCAGCUGCGAGACGAAAACGAACAGCUGCAGUCCCGCCUGGGCGAUCUGGAGGAACGCGUGCGGAGGCUGGAGGAGAGCUGGGCCACGGAAGCGAACCACCAGAUCGAGGUCGUGAACAGCAAGGCAUCGGACCUGAACAAGGCCAUCUCCCGGGUCCAGGAAGACCAGGACAUGGAGCGCAGGGCCCGCCUGAAGCGAGAGGGCAUUCUCUUGCGGCAGGUGGAGGACCACGCCAAGCAAACGGAGGACACGUGGAAAACGGAGCGGAAGGAACGGAUCGAACGCCUCAAGGAACUGGAGACCUCGAUCCUCCGAAACGAGGCUCGGCUGGCCCUGGAACAGAAACGCUACGAGGACCGCAUCGAGAACGAGCUGACCCUGCUGAAGGAAGAACUGGAGGUCGAAAUCGAAGAGCGGCAAAACCAGGACGAGCAGAUCGUCUCGGCCCUAAAUCGGUACACGCAGCAGCUGCAGCAGAGUCUUGCCAUUCUGAGCUCCGAUUGAUGCCGAUCGAUCGGCUCUGGUGAGCAAGUGCGGACGUGGAGGAUUGCAAGCGAUCU